ACAUUGUCUGGGGCUGGAAUAAAGUCGGAGCUGUUUACCCCCACUCUAUAGGGGUUCAAUAUAAAAAGCCUGCGGAGAGCUGGCCGAGACAGACGCGCCUCUGCAUCCGCGCCGGGGCGAGCAGGUCUCGAGUCUCGGCUGCGCUCCGGGAGCCUCCGCCGCCUCGCGCGCCCGCAGCCCGCUCCCGCCGCCGUCCCGACCGCCAGGAACGGCUUUUUCCGGCUUUCUCUCCCGGUUGAAGGGCACUGAGCCUGCAGGAUCGAGACCUGAACAACCCGCAAGGCUCCGAGGGAACUGGAGCUGUUAUUCUUGCUUUUGCUUCAGGUUCUGUUUGCACGGGAGGUUUUUGAUUCCCUUUUCCAGAAUGGAUUAUUUCCCCGUGAUUUUCUCUCUGCUAUUUGUGGCAUUCCAAGGAACUCCAGAAACAGCAGUCCUUGGCGCUGAGCUCAGCAACGGGGCUGAUAAUGACAAGGGAGUGGAGAAGCCCUCUCCCAGUGCACCCUGGCGGCCCCGCAGGUCCAAGCGCUGCUCCUGCUCGUCCCUGAUGGAUAAAGAGUGUGUCUACUUCUGCCACCUGGAUAUCAUCUGGGUCAACACUCCCGAGCACGUUGUUCCCUAUGGACUUGGAAGCCCUUCUAGGUCCAAGCGCUCCUUGAAGGAUUUAUUUCCUACAAAGGCAACAGACGACAGGAGUAGAUGCCAGUGUGCUAGCCAACAAGACAAGAAGUGCUGGAGUUUUUGCCAAGCAGGAAAAGAACUCAGGGCCCAAGACACUAUGAAGAAAGGCUGGAAUAAAAAUAAGAAAGGAAAAGACUGCUCUAAACUUGGGAAGAAGUGUAUUCAUCAGCAGCUAGUGGAAGGAAGAAAAAUUAGAAGGUUGGAGGCCAUGAGCAAUAGCAUCAAAACAUCUUUUCGUGUUGCAAAGCUGAAAGCUGAGCUCUACCGAGAGCAGAAGGUGAACCACAACCGAACACAUUGAUCGCAGAGCUUUUGGGACUGUCUGAAAACAUGGCCUCUGUGGAGAGAGACAUAUGGCCAGCUCUGCACUCUCUCCAGGCUGGCUGGGAUCAGAGCAGAAGUGUCUUCCUUGCUUAGACCAUUUCUUUCUUGUUCCUGACUGGCAAAGAACCAGCGUCCUUGUUCUAAUCAUUCCGAGAAAAGUUAAGGAGUGCCCCCAAACUGUCUUCAUUUGCUUCCAUCAGUGGUAACUGCUUUCGGCUCUUCUUUUGUUUGGGGAUGACAAUGGACCUCUUAGAAAGCAGAAAGACACAAGAUAUUUGAAUUAGGGUGGCAUCCCUCGGAGGGAGGGAGGAGAUUCCACAAGAGGGUGGAGUUUCUGAAGAAGGUCCUAAGGGAGGGCUCUGUGUCUGACUCAGGCGCCUGGCACAUUUCAGGGAGAAACUCCAAAGUCCAUGCAAAGAUUUUCUAAGGAAUGCACAAAUUGAAAACACACUUGAAGGACAAAUACUCCUGUUUAAAAAAAAAAAAGAAAGAAAGAAAGAAAGAAAGAAAGACUUUAAAAAUUUCAUAAAAUGCAAAACUGUUACUACUGAAAAUCAGGAUGUGUUUCAUAAUAUGUGUCUACCUCACCUGUAUUGCACUCUGACCAAAGUAUUUUCCACCUUAAUUCUUACCCCAAACUCCUCCCCUGCUGUAGCCCCCUCCCCUCAAGCCCCAUACUACAUACAAGUCUGGUCUGAUCUGUCAAUAGUAGAUAUAACAUUUUCAUGGUAAUCUACUAGCUCUGAUUCAUAAGAAAAAAGAUAACUGAAUCAGAAGAGUCCCUUGCCUUGAUUUUUGGAAAUACAAUGGUAUAGGGUUGUUUAUGAAAGAUACAGAAAAGUAAAUGUUGGUUAUGCUUUAAAGCAGUGAAAUUCUUUUCCUUUAUAUAAACUGUCUAAUGGAAGAGGUUGGAUUGGAUUUUGAUGUGCUUAUUUUUUUAUAGAUAUUUAUAUUCAAACAAUUUAUUCCUUAUAUUUACCAUGUUAAAUAUAUGUUUGGGCAGGCCAUAUUGGUCUAUGUAUUUUUUUAAAAAUGUAUUUCUGAAUGGAAUUGAGAAAAUGCUUUGUUUUGCCUGUCAAGGUAAUGACUUUAGAAAAUAAAUAUUUUUUUUCCUUACUGUA